AUGGCUGAAGCUAUUGGAGCCGCUGCUGCAUUGGUCAGCGUUGUCGGAUUCUCCGCACAAGUCUUUGACGGGUGCGUGAAAGGAUUUGUUCUCCUCUCAUCUGCACGUAACCUGGACCGAGAUGCAGAGACGCUGGUCUCAAAACUCGAUUGGGAGCAAUAUCGGCUCGAGCAGUGGGCCGAAGGGGUUGGUCUGCAUGAUCCCGCUAGUCGGGUGGAUGCUUUGGUUGAUUGGGAUCUGGCGGCGAAGACUCUGCAACAGCUUGACAAAUUAUGUAAUGAUACAGCAUCGCUCAAAUCUAAGUAUGGUUUGAUUCUGGAGGAGGAGCCUGCGGACAUGAAGGUACAGAAACCAGCCAACAAGCCGAGCAAGGAAGCCUCGAGAUUCAAAAGACUCUUUGCUCAAUCGGAAUCACGCUUGGAUAUAGCUGGUCGAGUCAUACAGGCAAAGAAUAGCCCUGGUAGAAGGUUGUGGUGGGCCUCAGUGGACAAAGACAACUUCAAUUGUUUGAUAGCCGAUAUCUCGUUUUUCGUGCAACGACUUCAUGACUCUCUUAAUGCUUCUGUGCAGACCGAGAUGCGAAACUCGAUCAAGGAAUUCUUACGAGAGGCGACUUACCGCUAUGAAAGCGUUCCAGAUCUCGAUUACCUUAGAGAAUUGGCUGCAGACCUACGUAAAGGGAGAAGUAGCAAUUCCCAAGACGCCGACGAGAUCGAGGAGCAGAUAGACUUAAGAUUCAGGAACCUGCUCUUUAGUUCUAUAAGUCACGGUAAAGAGGACGAAGUCAGGAACUUACUCGACAAGGGUAUGGAUGCGGACAUGGAAAAUCAUUGCGGAUGGUCGACGCUCAUAUGUGCUGCUGAUGCAAAACAAGUAGCUAUAUCGGAACUCCUACUCAAAAGAGGCGGCGAUCCAUGCCAUGAAACGAUUGGAGGCAGGAGACCUCUGCAUUUUGCCGCGGAAAACGGCACUUUGGAAAUAGUAAAUUUAUUGCUAGAAUGCCCGUCGAUAGACUUGAAUUACCAAGACCAUCACGGCGAGACAGCUUUCUUCAAGGCAGCGUCUCAUGGGCAUGACAGUGUUGUCGAAGAGUUUCUCAAAUUGGAUUGCAUAGACAUUAAUGCAGCAACAACCGACGGGUUUACUCCACUUCUACAAGCAAAUUUUGGGAAUUACAAAAGAAUUGUUCAGCUCUUACUCGCACGACCAGAACUUGACGUCAAUCGUGCCGAAAACUUGUACCAUCAGACGCCUCUGUGGAUGGCCGCUACAGAAAAUACUGACAUUCUGAUUGAACAUCUGAAGCGUAAAGAUAUAGAUAUCAAUGCUCGCGGCCGGUUCGGAGAGACACCUCUAUGCAGAUGCGCAAGGACGUCAUAUAACGAAUCAAUGCAAGUACUCCUCAAGGCGAAUGCGGACGUGAAUCUCAUAGAUGAGGAUUCUUGCAGCCCGCUCAUGUCUGCAGCAAAGGCAUCAAACGAGCAUGGUGUUGAAUUGUUAUUGAAACAGAGUGGUAUUGAAUGGGACAAGCAAACUCCAAAAGGGCAUGAUGCCUUGUUCUUAGCCAGUGAAGCUGGGCAUACGAAAUGCGUGAGAUCGCUGCUCACCAAAAUAAAGUCUGUAGACAACAAGGACAGACUUGGACGGACGGCCCUAGCAGCUGCAGCUUCGAAUGGUCAUAAGAUUCCCGUGAAAAUGUUGCUUAAGGCGAAAGCCGACAUCAACACGCAAGACGGUAAAGGGAACACACCUUUGGCUCUAGCAGCUGAAGGAAAUCACGAGAGCGUUGUACGCCUUCUGCUUGAGAGCGGCGCCGACCGCGAAGUUGCAGACGAAGAUGAAGAGACGCCGUUUGAGAAAGCCCGUGACAAGCACCUCGACAGUAUCUUGCAAGUCUUCAAAGAAACUUUGACAAUUUGA